CCAGAUAUUCAGGGUCUCUCUGCGCGUAGUCCUCGUGCCACUAAGCGCUUGCGUCUCAACUGGUCAUACUAGCCUACAUUUUUUGCCCAACCCAUCGCUAUCAUAUCACAUAAUACCAUGUCGAAACGUAUAGCCGAAGAAGGCGAUGGAAAUGCCCCUCUCAAGGGGGGCGACCGCCCUGAGCCCAUGGAUGUAGAUGAUAAGGAAAUGGGCGAUUUCGAGGACGAAUUUGAGGACGAGUUUGAGAGUGAGGAUGAGAUAUUCGAAGCUGGUGUCGACGGUAGACCCGAUGCCGAGAGGGAGGCCGAGGAACGUGCUGCAGCCGCCAUGGAGGUCGACGACACCAACGGGACCUUCAUCGUCGGUCGCAACAAGCUCGAAGCUGGCCAACAUCUUGCCCCCGACCUGGGAACCUACGAGAUGCUGCACAGUCUCAGCACACCGUGGCCUUGUCUCUCGUUCGACAUCGUGCGCGACCGUCUGGGCGACAAGCGAGAGAAGGUGUACCCGGCCACCAUGUAUACCGUUGCUGGCACCCAGGCGGAUAGCAGCAACGCGAAAGACAACCAAUUGAUGGUCAUGAAAUUCAGUGGCCUGAGCCGCCAACAGAAAGACGAUGAUUCAGACUCUGACGAUGACGAAGGUGACGACGAGGACACCGACCCAAUCCUCGAGCACAAGUCGAUCCCCCUGACAUCUACCACAAACCGUAUCCGCGCCCACCAAAUUCCUUCCUUAGACCCCUCCAAACCCCCAACUACACUAACCGCCACCAUGACCGAGUCUACCCAAAUCUUCAUUCACGAUGUAACACCGCAUCUCGCUUCGUUCGAUAAUCCCGGCACUGUCAUAACCCCUCAGCAGAAUAAGCCCAUAUCAACCAUCAGGGCCCAUAAAUCCGAGGGUUAUGCGCUGGACUGGUCGCCUCUCGUGCCCGGUGGAAAGCUCUUGACGGGUGAUAACGAAGGCCUGAUCUAUGCUACCACAAGAACAGAUGGUGGAGGCUGGGUAACAGAUACCAGGGCUUUUCAGGGCCAUACCAGCAGUGUCGAGGAUAUUCAGUGGAGUCCACAGGAAGCCUCCGUCUUCGCUUCGGCGUCUAGUGAUGGCACUGUUCGCGUCUGGGACGUAAGGAGCAAGAGCAGGAAGCCGGCCAUCACGGUCCAGGUCAGCUCAACCGACGUUAACGUCCUUUCAUGGUCGAGGUUAACGACCCAUCUACUGGCCACCGGUGCCGACGACGGAGUUUGGGGUGUCUGGGAUCUGCGCCAAUGGAAAGGAGGCGCCGACAAGCCCAGUCCCAUCGCCAGCUUCGCCUAUCACAAAGAGCAGAUUACUAGCGUCGAAUGGCACCCAACAGAUGAUAGCAUGGUGGCUGUUGCGGCCGGAGACCAUAAAGUCACACUGUGGGAUCUGUCGGUCGAACUGGAUGACGAGGAGAGCAAGGAUACCGCUGGCGUGAAGGACAUGCCUCCCCAACUUCUCUUCGAACACAUCUCAGAACACGCAAAGGAAGUGCAUUGGCACCCGCAGAUUCCUGGUACAUUAGUCGCCACAGGCCAGGAAUUCAGUAUAUUCCGACCUAUCCCUGUGGUUUAUGGUAUACACGGGAAAUAAAGAAGCCCUGAGUUAAGUGUAAGGCCUCAAGACGAAACGGUACCGGCCGACUGAGAGACAGGCUAGUUGCACCGAGCAAAACCGCGUAGUUGUAUGACAGCUCCAGAUUCCAACUUGCCCGUGUAAGCUGUCUUUAAAGGUCCGACCUCAUCCCGGAGAUAUAUCAUGUCUAUAUGUCGUGCACCAAUUGAGCUGAGUCCAUGGUGCAAGAUAUUUCUGGACCUACUAUGUUGGGUACAUGAUGAGAUAACAGUCGAUAGGUGUUCACUAUUCCCGAACAAUAGAUACCCCUGGAUUUACCCCCUUUACAAUCAUCAGCUGAUAUUCUACCAUGGCUUGUCGGGAUAUGUACUCAGUUAAGACCGGUGUUAUAUCGGCCCCGAACUACGAAGGGGCUCUAAGAGCAAGUAUAUUCAAGCCAUGAGUCGCCUGUGUGUUGGCGUAUUUGAGCGGCGGAUGAGUAUUGGCGAUGGGAGAUCGUCAUCUGCUUGUAACGAUGCAUCGUAAAUAGCAAAUAUCAACCAUUCUUAUACAUAAGUUAUACAUAUAAAUACCUUAACUUCCAGA